GCAGGGUGCAUCAAAGUCAGCUUACAAGUGCGGAAACUGAAAGUGGACGAGGACAAACACCUGCCAAGGUUGCGUCUGUUCCCGUCAACAAUGACGAACACGUAUAGUGAUUCAGGCAGAGCUGGCCCGCAGACCGAGGAGGAGUUUGUGGAUAUACUGGAGGAAAGGAGACGCAGCAGUGAUCUUGGCCAUGCCUUUAGGACCUUCAGCCCCCAGCCUUACAAAGGGGCCCCCUCCUGCUCCACAGCUGAUCUUAACAAAGCCGUGCUAGAGUCCCAGUAUCUACGCUACAUAACCAAGGAGAUUGCCACAGAGACGGGGUCAUCAGUGGAGGAGGUGCGGGAGGAGGCGAGUGGGAUUCUGGAGGAAAUGUCUCAAAACCUGCAGCUGGGGUUUAUCAGGCUGAUGGGAUACGCAUUCACUAAAACGUCCAAGAGACUCUUCAGGAGCGUCUAUGUUAACAUGGAAGGACUCAAUAGGCUUCAACAAGCCAUUCAGGAGAAUCCUGUGAUCCUGAUGCCCAAUCACAGGAGCUAUGUAGACUUCCUGGUUAUUUCCUACAUUCUGUUCACCUACGACAUCAAUGUACCUGUUAUUGCUGCAGGAAUUCCUCUUGCAGGGAUGAAGAUUGUGGGAGAGAUAUUGCGGCGCUCCGGAGCUUUUUUUAUCCGACGUGCCAUUGGCUCUGACAAACUGUACUGGGCAGUGCUGUCAGAAUAUGUCAAAACCAUUGUCAGGAGAGGAUUUGCUCCUGUGGAGUUUUUUGUGGAGGGUCUGCGGAGUCGAACACUGAAGUCUCUAACUCCUAAGUUAGGUAUGAUGCACAUGGUGUUGGAGCCUUACUUUAAAGGAGAGGUGUUUGACAUCACAUUGGUCCCCAUCAGUAUCAGCUACGACCGAGUGCUGGAGGAAUCCCUGCUUGCUCAUGAGCUACUGGGCGUCCCCAAACCCAAAGAGAGCACCAUGGGUCUAUUGAAAGCAACCAAAGUGCUGCAAGAAGAUUACGGCAGCAUGCACGUGAACUUUGGCCGCCCCAUGUCAGUCCGACAUUUGUGUCAGGGCAAGAUAAACCGCUGCCAGUACAACCUCAUACCUAGAGACCUCCCUCAGAAGCCCACUGCAGAGGCUCAGGCCUGCGUGAGUUGGCUGGCUCAUCUGAUGGUACGAAUCCAAGAGGAGGGCUCUGUGAUCAGCCCCUGGUCUCUCAUGGCCUGCCUGUUGCUCCAGGCUCCAACUGCAGUCCUAUCAGAAGAGGGUCUGCCAUGGCAUCAGCUCACAGAGAAAACCCUCUGGCUCCGGAAGCUGGCGCUACAUUUUGGAGCUCGCUUUAACUGGCCGGGAGAAGUCCCCGACAUGGAUGUGAUGUCGUCCUCUUUCGCCCUUCAUCGCUCCAUAGUUCGACGUAGAGCAGGACGUGUCUACCUCGUCAGAGAGGAAGAGCCUGCGAGGAGACGUUCAAUCAGCAAAGAGGACGAUGCGAUCAGGACGGCAGCAGCAGUGCUGAUGCUGGCCUCCUACAGAAAUCAGUGUCUGCAUGUUUUCGUGCGUCCUGCCAUGCUUGCAACAGCCAUGCACAUUACAAAGAGCACGCAAAGAGACGAGCUCUUGAACUUCUUCUGCUUUCUUCAAGAUGUUUUCUCCAACGAGUUCAUCUUCGUUCCUGGGAAGUCAUCUCAGGACUUUGAGGAGGCUUGUUUUCUCCUGAAGAAAUGUGGUGCAGUCCAUGUCAGUCAACAAGAAGUGACGGUGUCAGACUCUGGGCUGGAGGUGCUAUCCUUCCUGCAGGAACUCUUUCAACCCUUCAUAGACUCUUAUCAGGUUGUGUUCAGGUACCUCUGCAAAGAUGGGGUUCAUUCAUUUUCAGAGAAACAUUUCCUACCCGAUAUGCAAAACUUGACCGCAAAGCUAAUCCUCUCAGGUGAGCUUCGCACCUAUGAAGCCCUGUCAUCCGACACACAGAAAAACGUUUUGUCUGCCCUGCGGAGGCUGGAGAUUGUGACAAAGUCGAGGGCGUCUGAGCAGAAUGAAUUCAGCGUAAACAAAGAAGCUGUUAGAAGAAUCGGGGACAUGCUCUCUGGAAAAAUCCCUCCACAGUAUCUCCAGACUCUACCUGACGCAAGACUUUAGUCUCCAUUGGAACUGAUCCAACUUCUGUAUCAGCUCACAGUCCUGCUAACCCGAGUUGACCCUCUUUUGUCCUUUCUCUGACCACGUCUUCGUCCUCCUGUGCCUUACAGAAGUUAUUUGUAGGAAUCAGGGCACCUGAACUCUGCACUCAGGCAAAAUACUUUCUAUCAUGGAUGCCAGCAGCCGGACUCAAGCUGGCAGCAUUCCAGUCUGUAGCAUUUGCUACCUUCUCUUCGUCCUUGUUCUCAUCCCUCACACAUCUGACAGGCCUAAGCUUAAACCACAGAUCACCUGAUGUGGUGACCAACAGGUGAAAGAAUUCCCCAGAUUCCCUAAUUUUCUCUGUCAUCACCAUCUUGGUAAGAAGCUAAUAUACUGUUUAAAUGUUGUAUGUCUGUGUUCCAUGAUGCAAUUCAUAAAAAAACCUGUGAUUCUGACAAAUCACGAUUAUUUCACCACCUCUGGAAUCAUAAGCUAUUGAAAAGAUAAAUCAACCCUCCUGUUAUGUCCGUUUCUCUGGGACAGCUUUAAUGUUCCUGGGUCCGUUUGACCCGGGGCAUAUUCAAUUAUCCAAAAGUGUCAGAACCCCAAAAAAUCCCAAUACACGUUGUUUUAAAUCUAAUUUUUAACUCAAUUUCUAACCAUUUAAAUCUAUAUUUAGUGCAGCGGUGUUCUUUAAUUCAUGUACAUUGGAAAGCCCUUAAUAUAAAUACAAUAGUUUCAUAUGACAAAGAUUUUUGUUUAUUUUAUUUCACAUUCAGAAUUUUUUAUUUUUUAUGAAGUGAUGUUGAUCAACACGACAUCUCUUCUGUCACAUGCUGCCCAGAUUUUUAUGCUGCAUUUAGCUGGUUUGGAAAGCAUAUAUUACAAAGAAUAGACUUUAAAAAGGGUCAAUUUGACCCGCAACAUAACAGGAGGGUGAAAAUUAAAAUUCAGAAGGACGUGCAAUAUUUUCAAGGGUUCAAAUAAUUUGUUUCCAAAUGAGCUGCUAUUAGCUAACUCUGAGCUUACAUGGCUGUUACUUAAAAUGUGUAUCAUGUAAAAAUACCAAUUGAUAAUAUUGGAUAUAAAUGAAUUGAAUGUUACUGUAAGACAGUUAGCCUAUUUUUGGCAUUGAAGCUACCCUUAGCUAAUAUCACUGUUGGGUUGAACAAUGUUUUUCAUAUAAAUGUGUCAAACAGUAGUAUUAGCCAGAAGUUAACUGAGGGCGACAUUCAGACAACAGGUAACUAAUUUUUAGUAUUCAGGCAAUAUCUUGCCAACCCAAGGGGUACGCUCGGAACUAUCAUGUACUAUCAACCAUCAACUAAGUGUUAGCUAAAUGCAAAAAUUUGCUAUUGGCUAAUGGGUUAUGAAACAAUUUGUUUAGCCUAACAACGUGGCCUAGUUUCAGUGCGUUUUCACUGUAUGUUUACUUCCUGAGCAGUUGGGAAUCAGGGAAUCUAUAAGAUUUGUCGGAUUUGCUUGAUAUUUUAUGAUUUGCAUCAUUAACCACAAAAGUUCCACAUUAGCAGAAUUUAGUUGUGAAUGAAGAGAUAUGGCUUCAAUGUGAAAAUGGUGAAUUGCAGAUUAUAUGAGAUAGCUGUCAUAAGACUUUGAUGUAGGCUUUGGCGAUGGCUGUGACUAAAGCUACAGAACCAUGAUUGUACUUUUUUACAUAUAGGCUUACACAUACGUUAAAUUACAAGCCUGCUAAUGCUAACUGAUCAAACACCAUAAUAAACUCAUAUUUUGGUAGACUAUAGCAAGUGCAAUUAUUGUACAGGCUGAUUAAGACAUGUAAAUGUUAAUACAUCAACAUAAUGGAAAUCUGGAUUUGGUAGCAAUGACAAAUAGCAUAACCCAUCAAUGAUGUGAUGUUUCAAUUGUGUGAGACAUUUAUUAUAAUUUUUACAUCUCAUUAAAUGUAAAAUAAAUGUAAUAAAAUGCACCAUAGUUUCAUUUUU